UCAUCCCUGCCUGUUGCCUAGGGAAAAAGUUUCUCCUCUGGGCAGGCUGCCCGACCAGCCCAAAGGCUGUCGAAAGCUGCUCGACAGGCAACCCCAGGCAGCAGGAGCAGGACUUUGCUGGAGGAUUAAGGCUGAGCUGCCCCCGUGGGGAGGCUGAGUCAUGGCUUCCAAGCGCCCUGCAUCCUCCUCAACACAGCACAGGGAAAAGAAAGCGAAAGGGAAAGAUGGGGAUGACACCUGGAGCUCCACCUUGGCAGCCCUCAAAACUGCCCCCAGGGAGAAGCCCCCUGCCACCGUCGAUGGGCUGUGCCCCCUGAGCACAGCACCAGGUGCCCAGGUCUAUGAGGACUACGACUGCACCCUGAACCAGACCAACAUCAGUGCCAACAACAACAAGUUCUACAUCAUCCAGCUCCUUGAGCACAAGGGUGCCUACAGUGUCUGGAGCCGCUGGGGCCGUGUGGGGGAGGUAGGCCAGUCCAAGCUCAUGCCCUGCGCCUCCCUGGAGGCUGCCAAGAAGGACUUUGAGAAGAAGUUUCGGGAGAAGACCAAGAACAGCUGGGCCUCAAAGGAAAACUUCAUUGCCCAGCCGGGGAAGUACACACUCAUCGAGGUGCAGCCAGGGGCUGGGCAGGAGGUGGAGGUUGCCCUCAAGGUGGAUGAUGUGGAUGGGGACAAGGUCUGCAAGCAGCAGGUGCUGCCCUGCACCUUGGACAAGGACACACAGGAGCUGGUGUCCCUCAUCUUCAGCAGUGACAUGUUCCGGGAUGCCAUGCAGACCAUGAAUAUUGACGUGAAGAAGAUGCCGCUGGGGAAGCUGAGCAAGCAGCAGAUCGCGAGGGGCUUUGAGGCACUGGAGGAGCUGGAGGCAGCGCUGCAGGAGCAGCCCCCCAAGGCCUCUCUCCUGGAGGAGCUCUCCUCCCGCUUCUACACCAUCGUCCCCCACAACUUUGGGCGGGCACGACCACCCCCCAUCAACUCCUCUGACCUGCUCCGUGCCAAGAAGGACAUGCUGUUGGUGCUGGCCGACAUUGAGGUGGCACAGAGCCUGCAGGCACAGAAAGUGAAGGAGGAGGAGAAAGAAGUCCCCCAUCCGCUGGAUCAGGAUUAUGCCCUGCUCUGCUGCCAGCUCUCCCUGCUGGACUCAGCUUCCCGGGAAUAUCAGCUGAUCCAAAACUAUGUGAAACAGACUGGGCACAACCUCCACAUCCUCAACAUCUGGCAGGUGGCCCGAGCUGGUGAGGAUGAGCGCUUCAAAGCCCACAACCUCCUGGAGCACCGGCGCCUGCUUUGGCACGGCACCAACGUGGCGGUGGUGGCAGCCAUCCUGAAGAGCGGGCUGCGCAUCAUGCCACACUCAGGAGGGCGUGUGGGCAAGGGCAUCUACUUUGCCUCUGAGAACAGCAAAUCAGCCUGCUACGGUGAGGGUCCUGGGACGAGCAAGGCUGCUUGGGAUACCUGCAGGGUCAAUGUGAGCCUGGCUGCCUUCGCAUGACCCCUGCCAGGCAGCUGUGGGCUGGCAGGCAUGUGGACAUGCCAAGCCCCUUCCCUGCAUGGCAACUGGUCUUUCUGUCCCAGCAUGGUCUGGGCACAACGAGAUGGGAACACCAGGGAGGGUGUUGUCGUCUCCAUCCCUUUCUCCCAUGUCAGUGGACUGCACAUCCAAGAAUGUUGGCAUCAUGUUCCUGACGGAGGUGGCCCUGGGCAAGCCCUACCGCAUCACCCGUGAU